CCAGCUGCGUCCCCGUGCCGGGACCAGGAAAUGCGGACUCCCAGUGCCCAGCCCAGCCAUGCUGCUGCCAAGAAGUCCCUGCGCUGCUACCGGAGACCCCAGGACUCUCCCAGCCCCUCUGCCAGCAGCUGGAGGGCUGGCCGGAGCCGUACCAGCCGCUCUUUCAGCUCCAGUUCGGAUGGAGCUACCGAGUCCUCAUCUUCAUCCUCAUCCUCCCGAUCCCGGUCACGGUCAUUCUCCCCACCACCCAAGCGGUGGCGAAGGUACCGCUCAAGAUGUUCCCACAGCUCCUCCUCCCGCUCCAGCUGUGGGUCAUGUGGCAGGUCCCGGGACAGAUCCUCAUCCUCAUCAUCAACGUCGUCCUACUCAUCCAGGUCCACGUCCUGCAGCCAGUCCCGGUCCCGCUCCCGCUCCCCCUCGCCUCGCAGGAGGAGUAACAGGCGGAGAAGAUACAGUUACGAUGCGCAGGACCACUACCAAAGGCAGAGGAUCCUCCAGAAGGAACGUGCAAUAGAGGAGCGGCGAGUUGUGUUCAUUGGCAAGAUCCCCAGCAGGAUGACGCGAUCGGAGCUGCGGCACCGCUUCUCUGUGUUCGGGGACAUUGAAGAGUGCACCCUCCACUUCCGCUCCGAGGGGGACAACUAUGGCUUUGUCACCUACCGCUAUGCCGAGGAGGCCUUUGCCGCUAUCGAGAGUGGGCACAAGCUGCGGCGCCCGGAUGAUCGCCCUGUGCUUCGGCGGCCGCCGGCAGUUCUGCAGGAGGAACUAUGCCGACUUGGACUCAAACCGGGAAGAUUUCGACCCAGCCCCUGUCAAGAGCAAGUUUGACUCCCUGGACUUCGAUACGCUGCUGCGGCAGGCACAGCGCAGCCUGCGGAGGUAGCGGCAGGCGAGGCGGAGUGCCCGCCCCCGCUUUUAUACUCAAAUACAAAAGACAAAAAAAGUAUGGAGAAAGAGAGAUGGGGUUUUUAAAAAAAGAAAAGAAAAAGGAAAAAAAGAAAUCUGUUUUAUAACCAAUAUUUAAGGAGGACGGGUCAUUUGCCUUCAACCAGAGGGGCGCAGGCUAGUGGCAGCCCCAGGCUUGCCCCAGCCAUGUAAUAAAUGUGGAUGCCCAAACA